AGUACUACUACCAGCACUGGGAUUGAGAAGUCACCUUGCUUUAGACGUUUAGUAUACCUCAAUUUGCCAUGAUCUACAAAGGUGACCUUGUGCAUUGCCCCCAACUGGGCCGUAUGGAGAUACUACAUGACCAUAUUAUCGCCGUGAAUGACAUAGGGUUCAUCACACACGUUGCCCCGGCUGAUACCCCUGAAUCUGUGCAACUGCUGAGAGGCAGUCAAUACCAAAGUAUACCCAAAGGAAGUUUUUUGUUCCCAGCGUUUUACGAUCUCCACCUCCACGCUCCGCAAUUCCUCUAUCAAGGAUCAGGUCUUCAUCUACCUCUCAUGGAAUGGUUGAAUGAGUAUGCGUUUAAAGCCGAAGAGAAGAUCGAUGCAGAUCCCGUUCUAGCACGAACAGUCUACAGGCGACUUGCUUAUCGCUUGCUCGAGCAGGGUACAGGCGGAGUGGUGCUCUUUGGCACCAUAAAAGAAGAAACAAAUCUUAUCCUGGCCGAAGUCAUGCAAGAUUCUGGAAUUCGAGCAUAUGUCGGCAAAUUGUCUAUGGACAUUUCGUCCAGAAAAACCUACGUGGAGCCCUCCGCAAUGGCUUCCCUAGAGGCCGCCUUUUCGUUCGUUGAAAGGUGUAAUGCUCUUACGAUACAUCUACCGGUUCAUGACAGACUCAUUGAGCCUAUCCUCACACCGCGGUUUGUUCCAACGUGCUCUGACGAGCUGCUCACAGGUCUAGGACACUUCUCAAAUGAGAGGAAUGUCCGGAUACAGAGUCAUAUGGCUGAAUCCUUCGAUCAGGUUACGUGGGUCAAAGAAGAACGAGGUAUAGACGACAUGGAUGUCUUUGACAAACAUGGCCUUCUUACGCCUCGUACCAUUCAAGCCCACUGUACAUUCUUAGAUCCACCAUCCCUUGCUCAUGUCGCGGAACACGGAACAUCGAUAGCGCAUUGUCCGCUAUCCAAUGCCUAUUUCUCAGCCCUUCCAUUCCGCCUACGCGAAGCCCUAGAUAAUGGCGUGAAGGUGGGACUUGGCACUGAUAUCGCAGGCGGAUAUAGCAUCGAUAUCAUGGUAGCGAUGAGACAAGCUGUUGCUGUCUCUAGGAUGCGCGAGGGCUCCAGGGUUAUGGCGCACACCGAAGGGCGACAAGUAGAAGACAAGCAAAGAAAUCUCUCCAUUGAGUGGAAGGAAGCAUUAUAUCUGGCUACUGGCGGAGGCGCGGCGGCGAUGGGUUUACAUCCUGGUGCAGGGACGUUCCAAGUCGGUGCGCCCUUUGAUGCGCAGCAAAUUCGCCUGUCUCAUGGCGGCUUGCGGAGUAGCGUAGGUCCACUAGACCUUUUCGACCUUGGCGAGGGCGAGGACAAGAACGGCGAAGGUAGCGAAACGUGGAAGUUAAACUUGGAACACGUUGAGAAGUGGUGGUGCCUCGGUGACGUCCGUAACCGUAUCACCGUUUGGGUACAAGGCCGUGAAAGAUGGCCUUUCUGAAUUGAGAGGUUCAGAAAUUGAGUCAAAUUAUGCGGGGUAUCGCCCUUUGUUACAUCCAACCGAUUAAUACCGAUAUACCGAAAGGAACCAAUGCUUAUCUAUCUAGGUGAAGUGGUCUGGGAAAGAUCGGAAGUCUCUAACUCUUCCCAACUCGAAAGUCCGACAAUACUUGGAAGGUUGUGCCAAGUCUCUUCUCGGAAAGCAGUGACGUCUUGCCUGAACGCCCUUCGACAAGGUCCACAGACAUCAGGAUGCUCUGCGAUCUCAUCUGACACUUGGACCAUGAAGUGCAAGGGUCCCGUGCGCACUUUCCAUGAGCGAGACAAGCGAGAUGAGGUUCUCGUGAAGACCUUGACGCAAGCUCCAGCCUUCUGACAUCCCGGCGCUGCGACACGCUCUCCGCAUGUCCGUCGUACGAAGUCUAAGAUCAGAGUGAUGCGAUACUGGAACAUCAAUGUAUAUGCUUGCAGAUCUUGGGAGGACAGGUUGGAGGGUGGGCACGAUGGGUGGUCGACUUUGAGUUUGAGAUGAUCGGCUUUGAGGAGAUCGUCGAGGGAGUAUAAUGAGAGGAAGUACAUGACAGAGGGGAUCACAAUCUCUACGUGAUUCUCGCGGGCCACAUUGAGGACGUGUAGCGGGUGAACGAAAGGGUAUGAUUUAUCAUUGAUAGGAGGCGUCUUCAGCGCAAGUUCAAUC